AUGCUAGCCUCUUUGCGACCGCACUCACCCCCUGCCUUUGCUGUCGACCGACGCUCCCAGCAACUCCCGCACGGCUAUUUCGAUCGCUUCUCAGACGACACUUCGCAGCCCAGAUCCUGGCAAAUGGCAGCUUCCGGCUCGGAGCGCUACACAACGCCGCCGCCGCCUUCCUUGCGCGCGGCUGCGCAUGCUCACAAGCCUGGAUCCGGUUCUCGCAUUGCCGACAUUGGACCGGAUGCAUCGGAGCAGAGGCCAAGUCCACAGUCUCGCCAACGCUCCUGGCAUCACCCAUACAUGCCUGCUUCCCGGGCACCUCAAGGACCGAGCCCACCUCAACCGCUCGAAUCAGGGGCGAGCCCCACGUCACGCGUGUAUGACCUCGGCCAUCCUCGUGAGAGUGUCAGGCUCGAUCCGCAACAGAUGUCGCCGUCGCAUCGCUCCGAGCACUUGCAUCCGGGCCACGAACCGAGGCCUCGCGCUGGCUCUCGUGCCGAUAUCAACAUUCUCGCACAGCCUGUCAACAUCUCAUCGAUGCCAUCUAAUCGCUCUAACGUGGAACGCAUCGGCGGCAUUGGGCCUAGCCGCAACCGAGGACGCUCCAGCACCCUGUCUUUACCGCAUCCCGACACGAAUCGCGUGAGAGGAGGCUCGUUCAUCGGUGCUCGUCACCACAGCCCUUACAGCGGCUACGACGACUCGACAUCGCUGCCGCCACGUUCCUGGGAGGAAGCGCGGUCCCACAGGGAUCUUUAUGCACGAAACUAUGCUGGAGAAGCUGCGCUUCCACACCGACAGUCUCCUACCCUGCGACCCUCUUCGGGCCAGUCUCCAAUCCUCUUUGCCCCUCUGAGCCCGAACCCAGAAAGCCAUUUGCUGCCGCUUCCUUCUCGUAUGGGAUCCGCCCCGAUGACUGCCAAGAUCAUCAACGCCGGUGUCAUGCCGCGCGGUCAUCACCACCGUUCGAGGCCAGGGACGCCCGUAUCGCCACUCAACAUGGACGGCUUGACCAUGGAAGAUACAUAUAUGCCAUCCGCCUCAGGCAUGGCCGGCUCUGUUGCCGGCGAUCGACAGCGCUCGCCCGCUGACGCACGUGUUGGCAGCGACUACUUUGGUCCGGCAUCCUCGGAAUGGGGCCGACCCAGCCACAUGACGUCCGACGUGGUAAGGAGUCCACCAUCUGGCCUCAAAACACCUGGCCUUCGUCCCGACUCGCGCGGUCACCCUUACCGUACCUCGAUCCCGGUGCCUUCCGAAGGUGUCCCUCCCGAAUUCGAAGCACCUCCGUAUCACGCCGUUCCUUACAUGGCUGGUCAUCCGCCUGCCAGACCGUUCGGACGCGCUUCUGUAGGCACAUUGCCUGCUCACCACCAUUCGAUGCCUCGGAACGAUCAGAUGGAACGCGAGCGUCUCAUCGUGGCACAGCAGUACGCGUCGUCUCAGACAUCGUAUCAUGGAUAUGGCCAUCCACACGAGCACGGCUACCAGAGCGAGUUCGCGCCGCAGCAUGGCCGCGUCGGUCACGCCGGCGGCAUUGUGGGCGCACCACCGCAACACGUCGUGUCUGUAGACCGCAUCGCACACAGCAGAAGACGUCGACGCCCACCAUACUCGUACUCGUCGAUGAUCACGCAAGCCAUCGCCUCCUCCGACGAAGGUCGCAUGACCCUGCGCGAGAUUUACACUUGGAUCAGCACCAACUUUUCGGGCUAUCCGAUGUCCGGGCCCGACUCGCAAGGCUGGCAGAACACAGUGCGCCACAAUCUGUCUCUCGGUAAGGUAUUCAUCAAGAAGGCUAGGACAGCUCAAGAUAUCUACGACAGCUGCUCGUCCGGCAAUCCUGCUCAGAGCCAAGCCGCAAGAGGCAAGGGUGGAUGGUGGACGCUGCAUCCUAUUGUGCUUUCGCAGAUCCGGUCAGGUCAACGAACUCACAACGACGAGUUUGAUGAUCUCGAGCGUCUCGUCGACAUGGACAACGCUGCGGCUGCUGCAUCUGGUGGCGCUGGCGCCGUUGGCGUCGCCUCUCCCGGCUCGACUGACGAGAAAGUGGCACCACGAAGGUCGUCUGCGGAUGCGGGUCAGCGCAAGUCGCUCACUCGACAGAGAAGCUAUUCGGACUCGAUGGACUCUACUCAGGCAGAGCAGCGCCGUCCCAGCUCGGGCUACCAGUCAUCGACGGCUCCUGUUAGCCGUCAAGGCUCGAUCAACACCGCACGAACCGCUCCCGCCGGGCGUCCAGCGCAUGCAGCAUUCCCAGUGCAGCCGGGCGUACACGGAGCAAGCAGCGAUGUUCGACCUCCCUCCGCUGAAGAGAUGCCGUCGGUGCUGCAGCGUCGGCCCGACUUGGACGAAAGCGACCGGCCUUCUUCUGCCUUUGCACGCAUGCGCGGUCACACGAUCGCCAUGCACGAGACGCCAUCGCACCAGCACGCCUCGAAGCAUGAAGCCAGCAAGCUGGGCGGUGAGGUCCCGAUCUCAACUCGUCCACCUUCGGGUUCCGUGUCGAGUCCAAGGCCGCUCCCCAAGGCUUCCCGACAAAUGAUUGAGGACGUCGACAUGGACAUGGCCCCAUCGGUGUUGCAGCACAGAGGCUCGAGUCAAAUUCUGCAGAAUGCCCGCGAAACGCUCGUAUCGGCUCAGCAGCAGCAGCAGCAGCAGACACGGCAACCGCAUCACGGAGACGUCCGAGCUGUCGAAGCCGACUCUCCCGACAGCACCGGCAGAAUGGACAUUCGAGGACUGCUCAACGGCUGA